AUGGUGAAUGCUAAGUUACAACUAUUUUGUACCCAUUGCAAUCGAUCGGGUCGUGAUUAUGACGCUUGUCUUCUUGUCCAUGGGCUACCUGAAUGGUGGCUUGAAAAAUAUGGUCGUUCUUCUUCUCUGGCUACUACUCUACCUCGGGCUGCUGCUCCUUCUCCUUCUAGUCAAUCUGCCGCCACUACCCCAAUUUUGGGUGAGGUAUUUGAUAAGUAUGAUGUUGCUAAUUUUUCUUCUAAUCACUCUGCCGCAACUACCCCAAUUUUGGGUGGAGUAUUUGAUAAGUAUACUGUUGCUACUUCUCCUUCUAAGCAAUCUGCCGCCACUACCCCAAUUGUGGGUGGGGGUGACAAAUUUGCUCCUAAGAGUCGUAAGUGUGUUUUUGUGGGUUACCCUCAUGGCAAGAAGGGUUGGAAGGUGUAUGACUUAGAGACGGGUGAUAUCUUUGUCUCACGUGAUGUUAAGUUUCAUGAAGAUGAAUUCCCGUUUAUGCAUAAUGAAGAAUCUAAUGAUCCUCAUGUUGGUGUCGAAAUGGUUGGGGGGGGGGUUGAUGUUGAUUUUUUGGAUGAUCUUAAUCAAGUGCUCGAAAUUGGAGAAGUUUCUACUGUGCACGGGUCUAAUGAAAGCAGCCCGCAGCCCCCUUCACCAUCUGCUACUGCUGUUGUACUUGUUUCUGCUGCUAGCUCCGGGACAGCAGCUGCCUUGGGGUCGGUUGCUGCUGGCAGCAUGCUCCGCGGCUCACCUACGGCAGCCAACACAGACCGCAGCCACCCCGCGAAUUCUUCUGCCUCUGCCACUGAAGUUGUGGAUACUGUGGUAGAGCCCCGUAAUUUCAAAGAGGCUAUGAAAGAUGAAGGGUGGAGAGAGGCGAUGCAAAAAGAAAUCUCUACUUUAGAAAAUAAUCACACUUGGGUAAUGGAGAAAUUACCUCCGGGCAAGAAGGCUCUUGGGUGUCGAUGGGUUUACAAGGUUAAGCUCAAUUCUGACGGCUCUAUUGAGAGGUUGAAAGCUUGUCUUGUUAUUUUUGGUAACCAUCAGGUCGAGGGUAUUGAUUAUAACGAGACGUUUGCUCCUGUUGCUAAAAUGGUUACUGUUCGUGCAUUUCUUGCUGUCGCUGCUGCGAAAAAUUGGGAGUUGCACCAAAUGGAGGUUUAUAUGACACCUCUGCCUGGUUUUCAUGGUUCUAAGCCGGGUUUGUUUGGUUUGCUAAGGGCAAGUCAUGCAGGUACUCCUAUUGAGCAGAAUUAUACUCUGGCUAAAUUAGAGUCUCCUCUUAUUUCUGAUCCUGAAAUGUAUCGUCGCCUUGUGGGUCAUUUGAUCUACUUAUAUUUCACUAGACCUGAUUUGGCUUAUGCGGUUCAUAUCUUGUCUCAAUUUAUGCAACAACCGCGUCAGGAUCAUUGGGAGGCCGUCCUUCGUACAGUGCGAUACUUGAAAGGAUGUCCAGGUUGGUGUGACUCGGAUUGGGCUAGUUGUCCUUUGACGAGGCGAUCUAUUUCUGAUUGGUUGGUGUUUCUUGGUGCUUCCCCUAUAUCUUGGAAGAUUAAGAAGCAGGACACUGUGGCUAAGUCUUCUGCAGAGGCCGAAUUUCGUUCUAUGUCUAAAACCACUAAUGAGUUGAAGUGGUUGAAGGAUGGUAUUAUUAUUCCGUCGUAUGUGAAAACGACGGAUCAACUUGCAGAUAUUUUCACUAAGGCAUCGAACAAGCAACAAUUCUUGUAUUUACUUGGCAAGUUGGGCAUUUGUAAUUUGCAUGCUCCAACUUGA